GGUGCGCAGAAAGCUGCGCAGAAGACUGAAGUGACGUGGCCUGCGAGUGUUGGCAUGAGAAAACUCCUUCAGCGAUCAACUUAAGAUUUUAGUCGAAUUUCAAGAUGCUGGGACUACGUAGAGAUAAGAAGGACGAAGAGGAUGGGUUUUCUCUCAACCCUUUCAACAACCUUGAGAAGACGUCUGUCCUCCAGGAGGCACGCACCUUCAACGAGACGCCCAUCAACCCCAGGAAGUGCUGCCACAUCCUCACCAAAGUGCUGUACCUCAUCAACCAGGGCGAGCACAUUGCGACCACGGAGGCCACAGAGACGUUCUUCGCCAUGACGAAGUUGUUCCAGUCCCAGGACGUGACGCUGCGCCGCAUGGUGUACCUCACCAUCAAGGAGAUGGCAGACCUGGCCGAGGACGUCAUCAUCGUCACAAGCAGUCUAACUAAGGACAUGACAGGGAAGGAGGACAUGUACCGGGCAGCUGCCAUCAGGGCUCUCUGUAGGAUCACUGAUAGCACCAUGUUACAGAGUAUUGAGCGGUACAUGAAGCAGGCCAUCGUGGACAGGAACCCUUCUGUGUCCAGUGCAGCCCUCACUUCCAGUCUGCACCUGAUGAGGUCCAGUGGAGAUGUGGUGAAACGUUGGGUGAAUGAAGCUGCUGAGGCUGCUUCUAGUGACAACAUCAUGGUCCAGUACCAUGCCAUCGGAGUGCUGUACCACAUCAAAAAGACUGAUCGACUGGGAGUGUCCAAGCUGGUCAGCAAGUUCACCAAACAGUCGCUACGGUCACCAUAUGCCUACUGCCUGCUGAUCCGUAUUGCGACCAAGCUGCUUGAAGAGGAGUCAGAGGGGAGAGACAGUCCGCUGUUCGACUUCAUCGAGACCUGUCUGCGCCACAAGAGUGAGCUGGUGAUCUACGAGGCUGCCCACGCCAUCGUCAACAUGCCCAACACCAGCGCACGGGAGCUAGCACCUGCUAUCUCAGUGCUACAGUUGUUCUGCAGUUCACCCAAACCCACCCUACGGUUUGCUGCUGUCAGGACACUCAACAAGGUUGCGAUGAAGCACCCUGCAGCUGUAGCAGCCUGUAACCUGGACCUGGAGAACCUCAUCACUGAUGUUAACAGGAGCAUUGCCACUCUCGCCAUCACUACUCUGCUCAAGACGGGCAGUGAGAGCAGUGUGGAUCGGCUGAUGAAGCAGAUCUCCACCUUCAUGUCGGAGAUCUCGGAUGAGUUCAAGAUUGUCGUGGUGCAGGCCAUCAGGUCCCUGUGUCUGAAGUUCCCCAGGAAACACGGUGUACUGAUGAACUUCCUGGCCUCCAUGCUCAGGGAUGAGAACUCCUCCAAUUCCUCGCAGGGCGGCUUCGAUUACAAGCGGGCGAUCGUGGACUCCCUCAUCGGGAUCAUCGAGGAGAACCCUGAUGCGAAGGAGGCCGGCCUGGCGCACCUGUGUGAGUUUAUCGAGGACUGCGAGCACACGGUACUGGCCACCAGGAUCCUCCACCUGCUGGGCCGGGAGGGCCCCCGCACACCCUCCCCCUCCAAGUACAUCCGCUUCAUCUACAACAGGGUCAUACUGGAGAACUCUGCUGUACGCGCAGCUGCGGUGAGUGCCCUGGCUAAGUUUGGAGCCCACUGUGAGGAACUCAUGCCCAGUGUGGUGGUGCUCCUGUCUCGGUCCCUACUGGACACAGAUGACGAGGUAAGAGACAGAGCCACCUUCUACCUGAACGUGCUGAAACAGGGCAACAAGGCGCUCAACUCAGCCUAUAUCCUCAAUGGCCUGAAUGUGUCAGUAGUGGGUCUGGAGCGAGCUCUGCACUCCUACACACUGGAGCCAUCUGAGACUCAGUUUGACAUGAAGAGUGUCCCACUGGCCACACAGCCACUAGCAGAACAGAAAACAGCGGAGGUCACGCCUGCAGCCAAGGCACCAGACAAGGUGGCUGCUACCAGACAGGACAUCUACGCAGAACAACUUGCAGCCAUCCCAGAAUUCCAAGGUCUGGGGCCUCUCUUCAAGUCAUCCGCGGCGGUUCAGCUGACGGAAUCAGAGACAGAGUACGUCGUCAGAUGUAUCAAACACACCUUCACCAACCACAUCGUGUUCCAGUUUGACUGCACGAACACGCUGAAUGACCAGAUCCUGGAGAAUGUGACAGUACAGAUGGAGCCGACGGAAGGGUUUGAGGUCCUGUCGUACGUCCCAGCAGCCUCCCUGCCGUACGGACAGCCUGGCAUCACAUACACCUGUGUGGCUCUGCCGGAGGAUGACCCUACUUCUGUGAUCGGCACCUUCAGCAACACGCUGAAGUUCCUAGUGAAGGACUGUGACCCCAACACAGGAGAACCUGAUGAGGAGGGGUACGAGGACGAGUAUGUGUUAGAAGAUGUGGAGGUGACAAUCUCAGACCACAUCCAGAAGGUGCUAAAACCAAACUUUGCAGCGUCCUGGGACGAAGUCGGGGAAGACUACCAGAUGGAGGAUACAUACGCACUGUCUACUGUCAAAACUCUGGAAGAUGCGGUUAAAAACAUAGUGGACCACAUGGGCAUGCAGCCGUGCGAGCGGUCCGACAAAGUGCCAGCGGACAAGAGCGCGCACACGCUGUUCCUCGCUGGAGUUUACCGGGGCGGCCACGACGUCCUGGUCCGAGCUCGGCUCGCGGUGGACGACGGCGUCACCAUGCAGAUCACAGUCCGCAGCACGGACGAGACAGCUGCAGAAGUUAUCUCUGCUAGUGUAGGGUAGAGUCAAGGUUACAUGGGGUUUGUCUUAUGUAUGGUGGGCUGGCGGGGAUACAGAAACUAACAUAAAUUCUUUAUUGGUCUAUUGUAGUAAGCUUCAAUAACUAUGAUCCAAGAAUUUCCUGUUUAAUAUUGGUUACCACGAUAAAGACAGUAACAGCCAGGGCAAGAUUCUUUGGGGCAGUAGACAGAACCAAGAUUAGGACCAGCAUUAAUGUAUACAAUGAUGCUGGGUUAGGUAUUCAAAGGUUCCAUCUGUGCUGUUUUGUAAACCUCCUAAACUUUUAUUACCAACAGUCUUGAAUUCAAAGGUCUACUUGUAUAUCAAUGACUCAUUCAACAAGAAAGCUAACAUUGUAUUUGAACAUUGUCGAAUAUAGCAUGUUAGACAUUCCGUGAUUCAUCAAUGCUGGUAAUGAGAAAAGGUUAUCUACAUGCAAAAUCAAGCAAUUUAAAGCUCUAUAAAGAAUACAUUGUAGGUACAUGUAUGACAGAACAGUUGCACUAAUACCUGUGUCUCAAAUAUAUAGCAUUAGUUACACCACUAUAUCUAUAGUAAAUUGCUAGUGUCAACUUAUGUAUGUGACCUAUUCCAUGAGAAUAAAGAUGCCUUGUGUGAAAGAUUGUGUCA